GGUGCUGGCUGCUUGCUGUUGUUGUCCCAGCUGUUGGACACAAGCUGUUGUUGGUCGUUGGACACUAGCUGUUGUCAUAAGCUGUUAUUGUGACUACCUGUUGUCAUUGGUUGUUAUUGCGACUAGCUGUUGUUAUUGCGACUAGCUGUUAUUAUUGCGACUAGCUGUUAUUAUUGCGACUAGCUGUUGUCAUAAGCUGUUAUUAUUGCGACUAGCUGUUGUCAUAAGCUGUUAUUGCAACUAGCUGUUGUCAUAUGCUAUUAUUGCGACUAGCUGUUGUCAUAGGCUGUUAUUGCGACUAGCUGUUAUUAUUGCAACUAGCUGUUGUCAUAGGCUGUUACUGCGACUAGCUGUUGUCAUAGGUUGUUAUUGCGACUAGCUGUUGUCAUAAGCUGUUAUUGCUACUAGUUGAUGUUGGGGAAGUGCCUGGUGCAGCCUUGACCCUGGGUGGACGCCCGGCUCCUGCUCGGCUUGGGAGCCACCGGUUCACAGGACACCUGACACAUUAUCUGGGGGUCGACAGAUAGUCUUCCAGCUGGUGCUGAGAGCUUCAGCGUUCACAUCCUCAGGGUAGGCCAGAGGCUGUCAAGCGUCUGCCAUACCAAGGUUACCCGCUGCAGGGCAAAGUUGUCUGUUGCUGACAGGCGAAGUUUUAGCCACAAGGCGUAGUAGAGGUUUCUACUAACAAGGGAAUGCCAGGGCACAUAAUUUCCUGCAUUUGCCAUCAAAUCAACCCUGGCCACUAGUUCAUUGUAAUUUUUUUGUGAUUUCUGUUGCAUCCUUGAACAGCCAUAAAUCUAUAAGCCCUAGUUGUGCAGCAGUCACCAUAAGGAGACAGAGAUUAUUUAGUCCUUUAUGGUUAUGGUUUUACCUCAUUAGGCAAGUGUGAGCUUACUGUUUCACAGCUAAGGCAAACAAUUUUGUUUAAUUACCCUAGUGUAAGGAGAGCAACUGGAGUCUGGAAUCAUCGAGGUAUCAAUAGUGAGAUUUCUAAUUUGAUCUGUGUGAAGAGUGGGUCUAGCAUCCUCCUCACCAAGAGUCGACAAAUCUUUGGUGCAUGGCAUAGAUUACUCCUGGAUGCCACUUUAUUUUUACCAUCAGACUUAAAUCUUAUUCAGGAAAUAAAGCAGGCAUCAUUCGGACAGAAUUUGUUUAAAUCUAACAACAACUAGUUAACAAUGGCCUCACGAUAUGGAUUUGUUCAUACAAGAAACUUAUUGAAGUCAGUUAAAAGUGGAUGGCUGGAUGUAUAUCCCUCUCAAAAAUUUUCUAAGUACGUACAAUAUGGUUCGAGAAGUAAUGGCAAUAUUGCAUAUAGCUCAAGACUGGGACAGUCAUUUAAGAAGAGUGAAUACAACUGUCUCCUUCAUACUAGUGUGACUUCUGAAGUGCUGGAUGAUUACUUCCUUGAACAUGACGCAAAUGGUCUAAAUAUGCAAGGAACUCUUCGGAUUUUACUUCUUUUGAAUACAACUCAAAAUGACUCCAAAAGCGUAUUGAGUCUGCUGAAGAAAGCAAAAAUUAAUGGUGUAAAACCCAGUGCUGAUACAGUGACAAGCAUUAUAAUGGCCUACAUCAGAAACAAAAAUAUUGAUGCAGCCGUCAACAUGUACUCUACUCUUCAAGUAGAUUAUCCAUCAUAUACUUUAGAUCAUUGCAAAAUUCUCGACCUUGGUACACUUUUAAUUGAAAAUGGAAGAACCCAAGAGGCAGUUCAGAUGUUGAAGGGACAUUUGCAGUCAGAGGUUAAAGAGAGUUUUGAUAUGAACCUAAUCAGGAAAAAUUGCAAAAAUCUCUUGAUAGCAUCAGCUGCAACCUGUGAUUAUGAGUUAACAAAACAGCUCUUCAAUAUGCUACUGUCUGGGGGACUUGUGAAGCCAGACAAUUUCAUUGUAGUAACAUUAUUACAAUGUAAAUUGAAUAGUGGAGAUUUAAGCGGUGCCAUAGAUGUGAUAGAAGAUCUUUAUGAAAGCUGUAACCUUCUUCCAAGAAGGAUGGAAAUGCUUAUUCUCAUCAUCCGUCAUUUACAAAAUUCAAAUCAAAAUAUAGAAUUACCUAAUUUUGUGUGUGAUAGUGAGCAAUCUGUACCGGCCAGUGGUCUUCUGGAACGCAUGUUUAACCUUAUAGUUCAACGCAACAACUACAGACUAGCCCAACAUGACUUGAUGUUUGCUUGUUUGGAAACGGGGCAACCUGAUGAGGCUAAACAAAUCCUACAGAAUUUAGGAGAGGAAGCUGAUGUGAAUCUACUGAAUAAAAUGUGCAAGUUGUAUUCUAAGAUGGAGUUAGAAGAUCCUUUACUUCAUCUUCUGAAUAUUUCUAAAGGAAAUGAUGCUGUUGAUCGUCACAAGGUUUUUGCUGCUCUCCUUCAUAUAUACAAUGUGCAGAAUGCUGCAGAAAAGGGACUGGCUCUACAUGCAUCUAUGCAAGAGGAGAACUUGUUGCCAUCAAAACCCUUUCUAUCAACUCUUGCAUUACUUUUGACAAAUAAUAAUAUCAAGAUCCCUCUUCAUAUUUAGUGAUAAGGGCACUUUUCUGGGAGACCCCUUGGUGGCUCCCUGUUGCUACCUCACCGAGAUUCCUCCAUGCUAUAAAGUCUCAUCAGUCAUGGGAGUUCUGUUCAGCAUAAUGGUGACCAGAGCUACCCCCCCCCCCCCCCUCCCCGUCCCAACAGAGCAAAUGACAUUCCGCCAUUUCACUGAUUUGUGGUACACACGAGAGAGAGACCAAACACGGAGCUGUGAACAUGGAAAGGAAGAGAAUGUUUCCUAUGCAACUUGAUAGGAACCAGAUUAUUAAGAGACGAGAGGAAAGGUUGGCAAAGACUAGCGUCAUGAGGCCAUAUAGCAAAAAUGUAAACUAGUUUUCAGUGCAUUUUGAAUAAUUUGUGGAGCUAUUUGAAAGGUUCAAGGCUUUGGUUCUUGUGGACCUAGCAGUUGUCUGUAAAGUUUCCCAGACUUUCUAGCACUUGCCUUAUUUGUUGCCCAUGCCACAAUUUUCGACUUGAAAAUGGUCCAGGAUGGACUGAAACAUCAUCUCUCAAUCUUCUGGGGGUGUGGUUUGGUCGUCUUUAUGUAUGCUUUCCCAGUGAAAUGUCAUUUGCUCCUUGCACCUGAGGGGAUAAGGCCAGGUUCUGGCUUUAGUUCAAACAUAACUCCCACAACUGAUGUGACUGCCAUGUAAGACUACAGGAAGCCACAGUGGUACUACCAGAAAGAGUUUUAUUACAUUCAACACUGGGUUUUCUCAAGUGUUAUUGUUGUAUUCAACAUAUUUUAUAAUAAAAUGGUUGUAAGAGCUACUACUGAAGUAAAACCAAUGAAUACUA